UUUAUGUGUGAACUGUAAAUAUUGUUAUCUGCCUGUUGGCCGGUAGGGGGCAGCAGCAGUGAAACACAUCGUGGAAGCUCAAACUAAAGAAGGCGAAGUAGAACCACUUCCUGGUCAUAUUAAAAUAAACAAGAGAAAUGGCUGCUUUAGACGAAAUAAAACGUCUUGAAUAUUUAUCUUUGGUGUCAAAGGUGUGCACGGAGUUGGAGAAUCAUCUGGGAAUAAGCGAAAAAGAUCUGGCUGAAUUUAUUAUCAGUCUGGCCGAAAAACACCCAACAUUUGAGGAAUUCAAAGCAGUUCUGUCUGAAAAUGGAGCAGAUUUUACAGAUACCCUUACUGGUAAUUUACUUAGACUUAUUCAUACCAUGCGGCCCUUACCAUCUACAAGUAAAGCUCAUCAGCCAGAGGUCAAGGCAAAGAGUGAGAAAGACAAGAUGAAAGAGAAAUACCCUGCUCUAUGUAAACCAGAUGCUCAUGUGUGGAUGAUUCCACCACGCCACACAGAUAAAGAUGAUGAGCAGGUUGCUGCAGCAGCCAUGAAGGAGCUGGAGAUGCUUAUGCCUAACUUCUGUGGAACAAGCUCUGAUAACGGGUCAGUAAAGCCUUUGCACAGUGACAGAGGUCGAGACACAGACAGAGAAAGCGGCCGUAAGCAAAGUCGUUCUCGCUCCAGAUCAAGAGAUCGUGACGGUCAAACAAACCUCAAACGCAGAAGGAAACGAGUGUCUCGCUGGAGUGACCAUCCACCGAGCCCACACAGAGACGAUGACGACAACAACAACAACAACAAGGAUGACAGAGACUCUGACCGCUGCCGUGAUAGACUUGUGGAUCGGCCUCCGCCAGAAGAGCCUGUUGUGGGCGACAUCUACAACGGCAAAAUCAGCAGUAUUAUGCAGUUUGGCUGUUUUGUGCAGCUAGAGGGCCUCAGGAAACGCUGGGAGGGCCUAGUGCACAUCUCAGAGUUGCGCAAAGAAGGACGUAUAGCCAAUGUUGCUGACGUGGUCACCAAAGGCCAAAAGGUGAAGAUCAAAGUGCUGUCAUUCACUGGAACCAAAGCCAGCCUUAGCAUGAAGGAUGUCGACCAGGAGACAGGAGAGGACCUAAACCCCAACCGAAGACGAAACCUGGACCCUGGAGUUGGAGACGAAGCCAUGCGGAACCCUGACCGCCCUGUUGAAGCCAGCAUGCUGGAAGUAGACGAAAACCCAACAGAACGCAAACGGCUCGCCAAGAUAACUGACCUUGAAAAAUGGGAGAUUAAACAGAUGAUUGCAGCCAAUGUACUUCCUAAAGAAGAGUUCCCAGAAUUUGACGAGGAGACGGGAAUCCUUCCCAAAAUAGAUGAUGAUGAAGAUGAAGAAAUGGAGAUUGAUCUGGUCGAAGAGGAACCAGCAUUCCUGAGGGGACAGACUAAAUGGAGCACGAACAUGAGCCCAAUCAAAAUAGUAAAGAAUCCAGACGGCUCCCUUUCCCAAGCAGCCAUGAUGCAGAGUGCUCUUGCAAAGGAGAGGAGAGAGCUGAAGCAGGCGGCUCGCGCAGCAGAGAUGGACUGCAUCCCUAUCGGUCUCAACAAGCACUGGACAGACCCAAUGCCUGAUUAUGAAGGAAGGCAGAUUGCUGCCAACAUGAGAGGCAUCGGCGCUAUGCCUAUUGAUCUUCCAGAGUGGAAAAGAUAUGCCUUCGGAGGGAACCAGGUGUCGUAUGGCAAGAAGACAGAACUUUCCAUCCUGCAGCAGAGAGAGAGUCUGCCUAUUUUCAAGCUUAAGGAACAGCUCAUUCAGGCUGUCCAUGAUAAUCAGAUCUUGAUUGUAGUUGGAGAAACUGGGUCUGGUAAGACCACGCAGAUUACUCAGUACCUGGCGGAGGCAGGCUACACUUCCCGGGGGAAAAUUGGCUGUACGCAGCCCCGUCGUGUAGCUGCCAUGUCAGUGGCCAAGAGAGUCUCUGAAGAGUAUGGUUGCCGUCUAGGCCAAGAGGUUGGUUACACCAUUCGUUUUGAGGACUGCACCAGUACAGAGACAGUAAUCAAGUACAUGACCCAUGGUAUGCUGCAAAGGGAGUGUCUGUUGGACCCAGACAUGAGUCAGUAUUCUCUCAUUAUGCUAGAUGAGGCCCAUGAGAGAACAAUCCACACUGAUGUGCUCUUUGGCCUUCUCAAGAAGACGAUACAGAAACGCAAAGACAUGAAGCUGAUAGUGUCCUCUGCUACACUGGAUGCUGUCAAAUUCUCCCAGUAUUUCUUUGAAGCUCCCAUCUUCACCAUCCCAGGAAGAACUUUCCCAGUGGAGAUUCUCUACACCAAAGAACCGGAGACAGACUACCUGGAUGCCAGUCUCAUUACUGUUAUGCAGAUCCAUCUAACUGAGCCUCCAGGUGACAUCCUGGUGUUUUUGACCGGACAGGAAGAGAUCGACACCGCCUGUGAGAUCUUGUAUGAGAGAAUGAAGUCACUGGGGCCUAAUGUUCCUGAACUGAUUAUUCUGCCAGUUUAUUCUGCCCUGCCCAGUGAGAUGCAGACCAGGAUCUUUGACCCUGCACCCCCAGGCAGCAGAAAGGUCAUCAUUGCCACAAACAUUGCUGAGACGUCUCUGACUAUUGAUGGAAUCUACUAUGUGGUGGACCCUGGCUUUGUUAAACAGAUUGUGUAUAAUUCCAAGACGGGCAUCGACCAGCUUGUGGUGACUCCCAUAUCACAGGCCCAGGCCAAGCAGAGGGCAGGUCGAGCCGGCAGAACAGGCCCAGGGAAGUGUUACAGGCUCUACACAGAGAGAGCCUACAGAGACGAGAUGCUCGUUUCCAAUGUACCGGAGAUCCAGAGAACCAACUUGGCCAGCACUGUGCUGUCUCUUAAGGCCAUGGGUAUUAAUGACCUCCUGGCAUUUGACUUCAUGGACGCUCCUCCAAUGGAGACUCUGAUCACAGCCAUGGAGCAGCUCUACACUCUGGGAGCUCUGGAUGAUGAAGGCUUACUCACACGUCUGGGUAGAAGGAUGGCUGAGUUCCCCCUGGAGCCGAUGCUGUGUAAGAUGUUGAUCAUGUCCGUCCAUCUUGGCUGCAGUGAAGAAAUGCUCACCAUCGUCUCCAUGUUGUCUGUUCAGAACAUCUUUUACAGACCAAAGGACAAACAGGCCCUUGCUGACCAGAAAAAGACAAAGUUCUUCCAGCUUGAGGGAGACCACCUUACGCUGCUGGCUGUCUACAACUCCUGGAAGAACAACAAGUUCUCCAACCCCUGGUGUUUCGAGAACUUCAUCCAAGCCCGCUCCUUAAAGAGAGCUCAGGACAUACGCAAGCAGAUGCUGAGCAUCAUGGACAGACACAAGUUGGAUGUGGUAUCUUGUGGAGCAGCUACGAUGCGGGUCCAGAAAGCUAUUUGCAGCGGUUUCUUCAGGAACGCAGCCAGGAAGCACCCCCAUGAUGGGUACCGUACCCUGAUUGACCAGCAGGUGGUGUACCUCCACCCCUCUAGCACUCUCUUCAACCGCCAGCCAGAAUGGCUUGUGUACCAUGAGUUGGUGCUGACCACCAAGGAGUACAUGCGGGAGGUGACCACCAUCGACCCUCGCUGGCUGGUGGAGUUUGCACCUGCUUUCUACAGAGUUGGCGACCCCACACGCCUCAGCAAGCUUAAGAGGCAGCAGAAACUGGAACCUCUCUACAACCGUUACGAGGAACCCAAUGCUUGGAGAAUCUCCCGCGCCUUCAGACGCCGCUGAUCUCCUGUGCCUUACGCUCAUACCAGGUGGACAAACUGCGUAGGGAAUACUGAUCGAGCCAGCUAAUUGCUGACAAAGACACUUUGGUUUCAUAUUUUAAUUUUGCUUUGCCAAAGCCAAACUUCAACCAGACAAAUGGUAAUUAAACCUUAAUUAAUCAAUUUAUUGGAAUGUUUUUCACUAUAUUCAGUAAUACUUAAUUUUGCCUUGUUAGCUAUGUCAUUACCAUUAUCAGGUGUUAACACUUAAGUUGGUCAACAUUUCCUAUAUUAUAUUUUCUAUGAAAUAAUUAGCAUAGGUCAUUUAGAUUUUUUAAAUUGCAAUAUUGACGUUUGUUUUUUGUCAUUGCAGAUAAACACUGGAUGCACUUUUAUGAAAGUUUAUGAAGUUUUAUGAAAUAUUUAUUCAAAGUGUGUGCAAGGUGUUAGGGCCAAAAGCUGUUUUGGUUAAAGGAAUAGUUCGACAUAUUGGGAAAUAUGUUUCUUGGCUUUUUGCCUGUACAGUAAAUAUGAAGCAGCCGAUUAGCUUAGCACAAAGACUGGAAAUGGGGUAACCACUAGCCUGGCUCUGUCUAAAGGUAACACAAUCCACCUUCUACCCCCUUGAAAGCUCACUAGUUAACAUGUUGUAUCUUAUUUGUUUAUUUAUUUGUACAAAAACCAAAGUGUAAAAAUGAGCAAGGCUAGCAGUUUCUCCCUGUUUCCAGUCUGUAUGCUAAGCUAAGAUAAUGGCUGCUGGCAGUAGCUAUAUAUGAACGCUACUGGUUUGAGAGAGGUUAUCAAUAUUCUUAUCUAACUCUCAGCAAGAAAGCAAAUAAGCAUAUUUCCUAAAAUGAUGAACUGUUCCCUUUUAAAACAGCCUGAGAAGUUGAAUCACAUAAUUAUUCGCUCACAAAAGUUAAAGAAUAACCACAUGCGACUCAUAACAAAAACACAGGAAAGAAUAGUCUGGACUUCAGUUUGGGUAUUAUGGGUAUUUAUUAAGCAAUCUCUUCAACCACAGUCAUGUUUAUGGAUUGAAUAGGCUUCAGAUGUGAGAGGAAUGCAGCGUUUAAAAAACAAAACAAAAUCCCUAAUGAGAUUAAUUUAAAACAAAAACACCAUAGCCUUAUAUACAAGUGGAUGGGGUGGGCAUGUGCAAGAGGUGCAUGGGGUUUCAGGGUGUGUAUGAUGAUGGGUUGGUACAACAGGAAGAUUUCUGAAGGUGGGGAGAAAAGAGGGAGGGUGGGGGCUGGCUUUAGUACAUGUAGCCUUUAGAGUAGGGCUGGGGGCCCAUGUUUUGUGGGGCUUGUUCCGUGGUGUAGGGCACUCCCUCAUCCAGGUGGGACAGGGGCACUGUGUCCUCUUCAUUGACGUAGCGCUCGAACUCGGCCUUCAGGCUGGGCCGCUGAUUGUCGGGGAAGGCCAGGGAGAUGAGGGCCUCAGGCUCACACACAAACUUGUAAACGUAGCGCUCCCCUGCCACCUGGAGAGAGAGUAAAUGGCUUGAGUCAUAUAGGAAUGUAUAUGAAGAAACACAUUCAACUCUUUUUUCCCCAGGUGUGCAGACUUUUCUGUUGCCUAUUUGAGUCUUUUACAGUAUGUGCGUAACAAAGAUCUUACUCUGUGUCUA